AUGGUACAUAGCGCGUUUCAUAUCGAACCUGUCCUCAAAAAGAGCAACUAUAAGAUCACAGCGCUUGAUUCCUGGGGCAAGAAAUUGAUUGUUGGGACAGAGGAAGGCAUUGUUGUGAUUCUGCAGGAGCAAGAAGGUGGACAUCUUGUUGAGUUCGAAGAGAUCGAAGUGAGAAGGGUAACCAAGUCGAGCAUUUCUCAGCUCAAGGUUUCAGUGGAGCUCGGCUUGAUUCUCAUCCUUACGGCGGAUACGGUACAAGUGAACGAUCUGCGCACGUUAGACCUGAAGGCUCAGCUACUGAAGACCAGGGGAACUUCGAACUUCUCAUUGCUGUACGAUCCGACCCGUUCGUUGCUAUGUUGCGCGAUGAAGAACAGGCUUGCUCUAUUCCGGUGGGAUGGUGAUGGCUUUGUAGACUGGCGGGAAAUCAAGUUUGCGGAUGCGAUCAGAUGCCAUGCCUGGUGUGGUGACUUCCUCUGUGUUGCCUCAGGAAGGAAGUACGUGAUAGUGUCGCUGAGCUCAGGAACAGAGAAAGAGCUGUUCGACUCAAACACAGCCUCCCCCACCAUCUUCUGCCUGCCCAACAACAAGGAGCUGCUGCUAGGACGAGACAACAUGAACGUGUUCCAAGACUCACAGGGAAGGCCAUCCCGCAAGUAUGGUCUCAAGUGGCCGGAGCCUCCCACAAUGAUCGGAUAUCUCUUUCCUUACCUCAUCGCAGCGCUUCCUAAGAGUGUUGAGGUUCAGCUGAUGGAAACGCAGACGACUGUGCAGACCUUGUCCCUGCGAGCGAGCCACAUGCUUGCCUGCAAUGCCAGCAUGUCUGUCUUCGUGGUUGCUAACAACUGCGUUUAUCGCCUCCGACCUGUCACCAUGUCUCGUCAGAUUGAUGCGCUUCUAGAGAGCCAGCAGCUCGAGACUUGUCUGGCUCUGUGCGACCUCUGUCACCAGACAGAUCCCAACGUGGCGAGCAAAUGCAACGCAGUGUAUCGGUCGUACGGCCUGAUGUUGUUUGCAAGGUCGGAGUAUGACAAGGCCAUGGGUUUGUUCUUGCGAUGUGACUCGUUGGACCCGCGGAAUGUUCUCUUUCUCUUCCCUGAGCUCUCCGACGGCUUCGAUGCUGCCCAAGACUUUCGCACGUGCUCGCAGGAGGUGAAAGAUUCGCUCAAGGGCCACAAGCUGCUGAGGUCACAAGUAUCUCUCAUCAAGUACCUCAAGAAUGUCAGAAAACGAUCCCUCCCCUCCUCCUCCCCGCCCUCUGAUCCUUCUCCUGCCCUCUUGGAAGCAAUAGACACGGCGCUCUUGAAGGCUCUGGUGCGAGCAGAGCCGGAGAAUGUGCUGGGCUUCCUGCAGGGGCUCAACGCCUGCAGGCUAGAGGAGAGCGAGAGGCUGCUGCGGGACUACGAUAUGUUCCACGAGCUCGUCGCGCUCUUUCACAGCCACCAGGAGCACCGCAGGGCGCUGGAGCUGCUAGCGGAGCAUGGCCAGGGGCCUCAGGAGGAGCAUCCUCUUCACGGCGUCUUCCCUACCGUGGAGUACCUGCAGAGCCUGGAGGAAGACAAGCUGCCGAUCCUGCUGGAGUUCAGCCGGUGGGUUUUGCGAGCUGACCCCGAGCAGGGGCUGGAAAUCUUCAUCAAGUCGAAGAUUGGGAGGAAGAUGCCGAUCGACACUGUGCUGUCGCAUCUCAAGGUGUUCGAUGAGGAGGUCAUGCACGACAAGAGCAGAAGCGACGGAGGGGGAGGAGAGCUUCGCAUUCGCUUCCUUGAGCACAUCAUCGCACAGGGAGAAGAGCGAUCGCAGUACCACAACGAGCUCGCGCUCCUCUACCUCGAUGCUGUGCAGCGGCUCAAGCACGCCUUCACCUCCAGGCAGGCAGCCCAGGGGCUUGCGGGGUCCCGUUGUGGGGCUGGGAAGGAGCCAGGGGCGCUGGGAGCGAGGAGGAAGAAUCUGCUGGACCUCCUUGAGACUUCGCGGCAUUACGAUGCGCAGAAGUUGCUGUCGAAGCUGCCGAUGGUGGACCUCUACGAGGAGCGCGCUCUCAUCCUCUCCAAGCUCGGCAGGCACGAGGAGGCGCUCAGCAUCUACGCGCAUAGGCUGGGGGACAUGCAGCUCGCGCAGGAGUACUGCAUGAGGCACUACAGCUCAGCGACAGAAGGAGGGGGAGGAGGGAGGGAUGUGUACAUCGACCUGCUCAAGGUGUUCCUCAAGCCCCCCGACGCCUCAGCCCCCAUGACCAUGCAGGCGCUCUCCCUCAUGUCGCGCCACUUCGAGCGGAUGGACCCGGCAAAGGCGCUCGACAUUCUGCCGGCAGAGACGUCGCUGCGAUCGCUGACGCCCUUCUUUGAGAGCGUCGUGCGCGCCAACAGCGAGCAGAGGAAGAGCCUGCAGAUCGCGCAGGCGUUGCUCAAGGCAGAUCAUCUCAAGGUAGCGGAGGAAUGCCUUGAACGACGAGCGCGGCGAGUGGUGAUCAGCAGCGGCAAGCGAUGCAAAGCGAGUCAGAAGCGCAUCGGGACGAGCGCGUUCAUGGUCUACCCUAACAAUGUGGUGGUGCUGCUGGGCGAGAAGACAGAUCCAAAUGUUUGUCCAGCGACGGGGAGGAACUUCAAGGAGCAGCCGUGGGAUUGA